ACUACGGGUCUUUGGGAUGAAUCGUGUUCCAAUGGAGACAUCUCUUCUAAUAUUUUACAGGGGGACAAAGGAAACCAAGGUGAAAGUGGUAUUCAGGGACUGAAAGGAGAAAAAGGAAGACAAGGAAACCCGGGCUUACAGGGAGUAGAAGGAUUGAGUGGAGAACAAGGAGAGAAAGGUGAGAAAGGAGAUCCAGGCAUUCGAGGCAUCAAUGGGCAAAAAGGAGAAUCUGGUAUUCAGGGUUUGGUUGGACCUCCUGGUCUCAGAGGUCAGCCAGGAGACAGAGGACCCCCCGGACCACCUGGAUCAGAUGGAAAACCAGCACGAGAAUAUACAGAAGAAUUUAUUCGACAGGUGUGUUCAGAUGUCCUGAGAACCCAGUUGCCUGCCAUCCUCCAGAGUGGAAGGCUACAAAACUGUAACCACUGUCAAUCCCAAAGUGCUUCCCCGGGACUUCCAGGACCACCAGGUCCAAGAGGCCCUGAAGGCCCAAGAGGGUUUCCUGGUUUACCAGGAAAUGAUGGCAUUCCAGGGCUGACAGGCAUCCCCGGUCGUCCUGGGGCUCGUGGGACAAGAGGACUGCCAGGGAAAAAUGGCGCAAAAGGGAAUCAAGGAAUUGGGGUUCCUGGGAUCCAAGGCCCCCCAGGACCUCCAGGUCCUGAAGGUCCACCAGGUAUGAGUUCAGAAGGACGUCCUGGAGAGCGUGGGCAGCCUGGUAAAGAUGGAGAUCGUGGCAGUCCGGGAAUGCCAGGACCAGUUGGACCUCCUGGAAUUUGUGACCCAUCACUAUGUUUUAGUGUAGUUGUGGGGAGAGAUCCAUUUAGAAAAGGACCAAAUUAUUGAUUUGUGAUACAAUAAUUUAGAGGAACAGGUAUGGUGCUUGUCUUUUAUGGUCUUUCAAGUCUCAGGAAGG